AUGCCGUUCUUCUUCCCGCGACCGUCGUGCCGGGAUCGUGUCACCACGGUGCUGGUGAGCCUAAGCAGGCGCCGCGCUCUACACCUCCUGUGGGCGGCCCCAUGCGUGCUGCUAGGGUGCGCUUGGUCAUUGGGAUGGGCAGAGUUCAGUCAAGAUGCGGUGCAACCUGGUAGCAGCAACAGCAAGGGCAACGUGCUUCUUCUUCACUGGGGCGGCGAUGACGACGACCCGGGGUUGAACGACGACCGGUAUCCCAUCCCAGAUCGCAUGGAGCCGGUCCCGCGGCCGCCGGAGGUCUGGGACUACCUGACGGGCGCCGACAUCAUGAACGUCCGCCUCGAGGCCCUCCGCCUCAACGGCACAGCAGCAGCCGACCAGCAGCAGCAGCAACACCAAGAGAGCAAGGUGGCGGCGGCAGCCGUGGUGGAAGCCGCCGAAGCGCUCGGGGACAACAAGGAGGACGUCCGCCCCGUCGACACCGCCUUCGCGCCCAGGUGGAAGGGGAUGCCCACCCGCGGAAGCCGCUGCUCCUCCAUCGACAUGGCCGCGGUGGCCCCGAGCAUGGCGUGCGGCGCACCGCUGGCAGAGCCGUGCUUCGACCGCAGCCGCUGCCGGCCUCACGCGCCCGGAGGAUCGCCGUCGAAGCCGUCCAUCUACGUCUUCGACGUCACGUGCUCGCUCGCCGACAGCUCGGCGCUGCCCCCCAGCAACGAGAGCCUGGUGCUCAGUCACACGUGGAGGGAGGCGGCGAGGGACGCCGGGGUUCUCUCGGAGACCUACUGGGACGCCUGCCUUUUUCUGCACGUCAACAAGCGGCUGGACCACGUGCCCUGCCCCGCGGAGAAGCCGCUGUGGAACGGGGGAAAGAACCACGUCAUGGUGGACCUCACCGACCGCGCCCGUGACAAGAAGCCGUGGAUAGCGGGAAGCGCCGCCAUGGACGCGUCCUCGAACAUGCGUUCCUGCUUCUACCGCUCCGGCUACGAUUUCGCGGUGCCCCUUCGACACCAGCGGGGGUUCGGGAACCUCACCGACCUCGCCCCCUGGCAUCGGGACUACUUCCUCACGAUGAAGGGCAACCUUUACCUGUCGGGCGUCGGGUACGACGAGCGGAUGAGUAUCGUCCCGCUCCACUCCGAGCCGGAGGGGGUGAUCAUGGGGCUCAACUGCUUCGAGAUGCACGAUGAGCACCUCCUGCCGGAGAACGAGGAGUUCUGCCUGGCCCUCAACGAAACAGCGUCGCGGCACGAGUUCAAGGACCUCAUGAACACGACGUUCGGCCUUGUGCCCGCAGGCCGCCAGCCCGCGACGUACCGCCUCGCCGAGGUGAUGAGCGCCGGCGCCAUCCCCGUGUUCGUGUCGAGGGACAUGGUGAGGCCCUUGCCGGAGAGGGUGGACUGGCCGACCUUUUCGUUCUCCUUCCCGCCGGAGGAGGUGGGGCCGGCCAUGAUGGACACGCUCAGGUCGGUCGCCCCGGCGGAGCUGUUGGAGAUGCAGCGAAAGUCGGUGCAGGCGUUUUAUGAGAUUUUUGGGGAGGAGCCCGGGUACGACCGAAUCGCUCGCGUCGUGGUCGACGAGCUGGUGCUCCGCGUUGGGUAUCACCGGUGA